UCUCCUUCUUCAUCCUAUCUGGACCUCCUUCCAGCGCCUUUUGGCAUUGUAUUUAGGAACAUCUUCUCGCUUUUCUUCUUUCUUUUCCUCCACAAUGUCUAGACAACGUCCCAACUUUGUCCAGCGUUUUGUACCUGAUACGACUCGACUCUUUGAGUUCCCUAACGGCACAAUGUCAUCCGCAUAUGGCGCCAAUGGCUCUGUAGAUCCUCGCUCUCUUGGCUACGAGAGCAGUGACCUUAAUGAGAUCACACGUCGUCAGAUGAAUGAGGAUAUUCAAGCCUAUCGCUACGACAUGGAUUUCUGUCGCAACCAGCUCAAUGCUGCGGAUCUCACUCCUCAAGAGACUCGCACCUUGCAGAUUCGUGUCCUAGACUGCGGUCACAACAUCCGCCAUUGCCAACACCGCAUUCAACAGCUAGACGCCCAAGCACGCGCACCCGCCACUGCUCCAGCACACAAUCGCUUCAAAGCCGAGGCCUACCGCAACUCCACAGCAACGCCCACAUCCACCGGCGCCAUUAAACGUCAACGGAUCGUCAAAGUCGCAGAUAGCGACGACGAUGACGGUGAUGACGGAGAAAUCGCGGACGGACCGUCUGGUACGCCAACAACCUCGAUCCAACGCCUCGGGUUCUGGAAAUGCCGUCUAUGCACGACGGCCAAGUUCCUAGACGCGGGUCCCAACCGCGUGCCUAGUGCGCCGUGCAAGUGGCCGCUGAAGGAUGUGUCGAAGAUCUUCAACCACUUCUUGGACAUGCACACGGAGCACUCACCCGCUGAGCGCUGUCGGGAGCUUGGUGAUGCGCUUGCGCGGAAUCGAGGUCCUUUUGAGUAUUGGUUAACUCGCACCCGUGCUCAGGAUUUGGAUGAUGCGUCUAUGAUUGACGAAUUGAUCACCACACUCCAGUCUGGUUUCCUCCCCGAGUUUUUGCGCGGUCUUAAUAGAGCAGCUGGCGCAUUCCCGAAUACGGUAUCGGGGGCUAUUAGGAAGAGCGAGGCGAGUAUGGCUUAAAUCGCGAAUAAAUCGACGUGAAGCGCGAGAGGGUGGAAUUUGGUGAUGAAUUGUUAACGAUUACGAAUACAAUGAAUCGUUCGCGCAUUUGAGUUCGAAGGGUUGAGGUCGAUGGAAAUGUUCAUGACGAUGCUCGAUAUCCUCGAUUUUUUUGCGACAAUUUGUUUCCUUUACACGGCAUGGCGUUGGGGCCUUUACAGAUGAGAAAUUAGAUUUUACUGCCUCGGUAGGAAUUCGAUCAUGGAUGGA